CAGCUAUAAUCAACGCAGGGCUGUUUGACCUGAAGCUUUUUUUUCGUCUGGCUCGAAGAACGGACCUGUCUGCCGAAACGGGCCCAUGUCUGAAAACCCAGACAGACGCUCACAUUUUCACAGAAAGGAUACUACAAGCGAGUACGUCUGAGCCCGCGGCAGCAAGAUGGAGUGUGAGUGGAAGCCAGACGAGCAGGGGCUUCAGCAAAUACUACAGCUGCUGAAGGAGUCUCAGUCACCAGAUACGUCCACGCAGAGAUCCGUCCAGCAAAGACUCGAGCAGCUGAACCAGUACCCGGACUUUAACAACUAUUUGAUAUUUGUUUUGACCAAGUUAAAAUCUGAAGACGAACCGACCCGUUCCUUGAGCGGACUGAUUCUGAAGAACAACGUAAAGGCUCACUACCAGAACUUCCCAAACGGAGUGUCUGACUUUAUCAAAAGCGAAUGCCUCCAAAACAUCGGAGACUCCUCUCCCCUCAUUCGUGCCACAGUGGGAAUCCUCAUCACCACCAUCGCCUCCAAAGGAGAGCUGCAAAACUGGCCUGAGCUUCUGCCCAAACUCUGUCUGCUGCUGGAUUCUGAAGACUACAACAUAUGUGAGGGAGCGUUCGGGGCGCUGCAGAAGAUCUGUGAGGACUCCGCUGAGAUCCUGGACAGCGACAUGCUGGAUCGUCCUCUUAACGUCAUGAUCCCCAAAUUCUUGCAGUUUUUCAAGCACAACAGCCCGAAUAUUAGGUCUCAUGCCAUCGCUUGUGUCAAUCAGUUCAUCAUCAGCAGGACCCAGGCCCUAAUGCUUCACAUUGACCCGUUCAUCGAGAACCUGUUUGCACUGGCGACUGAUGAUGAGCCCGAAGUGAGGAAGAAUGUUUGCAGAGCCCUCGUCAUGCUGCUGGAGGUUCGCCUGGAUCGUCUUCUGCCUCACAUGCACAACAUCGUAGAGUACAUGCUCCUGAGGACACAGGACCCAGACGAGAAUGUCGCCUUGGAGGCCUGUGAGUUCUGGCUUACGCUGGCUGAGCAGCCGGUGUGUAAAGAAGUGCUGUGCGGUCACCUCUCUCAGCUCAUUCCUGUACUUGUCAACGGGAUGAAGUACUCGGAGAUUGACAUCAUCUUGCUCAAGGGGGACAUCGAGGAAGACGAGGCCAUUCCAGACAACGAGCAGGACAUCAGACCACGCUUCCACCGCUCCCGCACGGUCGCCCAGCAGCACGAGGGCGACAGGAUUGAGGAAGACGACGACGACGACGACGACGAUGAAAUGGACGACGACGAUACGAUUUCUGAUUGGAACCUGCGAAAGUGCUCUGCGGCAGCGCUGGACGUGUUGGCCAAUGUGUUCAGGGACGAUCUGCUGCUGCACAUCCUCCCACUGCUCAAAGAGCUGCUUUUCCACCCUGACUGGGUUGUAAAGGAGUCCGGCAUCCUGGUGCUGGGGGCUAUAGCUGAAGGUUGCAUGCAAGGCAUGAUCCCCUACCUGCCUGAGCUCAUCCCGCACCUCAACCAGUGCUUGUCUGACAUAAAGGCACUGGUGCGAUCCAUCACCUGCUGGACACUGAGUCGCUAUGCGCACUGGGUGGUCAGCCAGCCCCCGGAUAUUUACCUGAAGCCUCUAAUGACUGAGCUACUGAAGCGCAUACUGGAUAGCAACAAACGUGUGCAGGAGGCCGCUUGCAGUGCCUUUGCCACGUUGGAGGAGGAGGCUUGCACAGAGCUGGUGCCCUACCUGGCGUUCAUCUUGGACACGCUGGUAUUUGCUUUCAGCAAGUACCAGCACAAAAAUCUGCUCAUCCUCUACGACGCCAUCGGGACGCUCGCAGAUUCUGUGGGGCACCACCUAAAUAAACCGGAAUUCAUCCAGAUGUUGAUGCCACCACUGAUACAGAAAUGGAACCAGCUGAAAGAUGAAGACAAGGAUCUUUUUCCUUUGUUAGAAUGUUUAUCCUCAGUAGCCACAGCCCUUCAAAGCGGCUUCCUGCCCUAUUGUGAGCCUGUUUACCAGCGAUGCGUCAAUCUGGUUCAGAAGACGCUCGCUCAGGCUAUGCUUCAUCAGUCACAACCUGACCAGUAUGAGGCGCCGGACAAAGACUUCAUGAUUGUGGCUCUGGAUCUACUGAGCGGACUGGCCGAGGGCCUGGGUGGCACCAUCGAGCAGCUGGUCGCUCGUAGCAACAUCCUCACGCUUAUGUAUCAGUGCAUGCAGGACAAAAUGCCUGAGGUGCGUCAGAGCUCUUUCGCUCUGCUUGGGGAUCUCACCAAGGCUUGCUUCCAGCACGUAAAACCCUGCAUCGCUGAUUUUAUGCCCAUACUGGGUACAAAUUUGAACCCCGAGUUAAUAUCUGUGUGCAACAAUGCAACCUGGGCAAUCGGAGAGAUAUCUAUACAAAUGGGGCCUGAAAUGCAGCCUUACAUUGCCAUGGUGCUGCACCAGCUGGUGGAGAUCAUUAACAGACCCAAUACUCCAAAGACUCUACUGGAAAACACAGCAAUAACAAUUGGUCGUCUUGGUUACGUUUGUCCUCAAGAGGUGGCACCCAUGCUACAGCAGUUUAUAAGACCCUGGUGCACCUCUCUGCGAAAUAUAAGAGACAAUGAGGAGAAAGACUCGGCAUUCAGAGGAAUUUGCACCAUGAUCAGUGUAAAUCCUGGAGGCGUGGUGCAGGACUUUAUAUUCUUCUGCGACGCAGUGGCCUCCUGGGUAAAUCCAAAGGACGAUCUCAGAGAAAUGUUCUACAAGAUCCUUCAUGGGUUCAAGAACCAGGUGGGCGAAGAGAACUGGAGGCGCUUCUCUGAUCAGUUCCCGCUUCCCUUGAAGGAACGACUGGCAACCUUUUAUGGGGUGUAAAGGCUUCCACAGCACUGUGCCUCAUCGCGGGGUCAUUCACCAUGGGAGACGAGACAGGGAACCAUCCCAGGGAACAUGUUACCCUCUACAGGGGGUGACAGGGGGUCGACCCCUCCCUGACCUGGAGGAAGGGGUGGGAGGGAGGUGGUAGUAGCUCCAGUUCUCAGUGCCCUUAAGCGCAAGCAGGGGAGGGGGAGAGACUGGCAGUUCAACCUUAUCAUGGGAGGAUCAUUCAUUUAAUCAAUCUCAAUCACAAAUAAUAGAAAUGAUCACUUUCUUCUUUUUUUUUUUUUUCUCCCACCUCCGCCAUUUAUUCUGCAGACAUCUUGCUUUCAGGACUACCGAAGGGUAAUUUUGGGGCAGGGGGGACAAUGAACCUUUAAGGUAUUUGUUGAGGGCAGAUUCUGAGAUUAAUGAAAACAAUUUUCGAGAUACUUUAUAUUAAAGCAGCUACUGCUAGCAGAGCAUUUUUAAAUCAGGGUGGAGGGGGGAUGGGUGGGGAAAUUGACUUUCAGAGUGCUGCAUAUCAUCCAAAGUAAGUAAGUAAUAACUUGCAGGUAACCUAUUAUUUCAACACUUUACGCAGGGCAGAGGCUCUUGACUUAAAAUCACCAGGGAGCACAAUUCAAGAGGGGCUUUUCUUGGAUUAGGUAGCAUGCUUAUAAUAUUGUGGAAAGCUGUCAAACAUUAGUGAUGUGUGUUGACGGCCGUCGUUGCCAUUCGAUAAGGUUCUUCUUUGAUCGUGUAAUCUAUAUUUAAAGUACUUUCUGUUUCCUCUGCCAGAGAAUUACAGCGGCCGUCUGUAACGUAGCAUGACGGGGAUUUUACACGCUGGAUUUAGGUUGUGUUAAACCGUGGCUGUGAUGUGACAUUGGAGUGAGUCUCUUUGUUUUGUUAUGUCGCGUGAAUGUGACUUUUUUUUUUUAAGAGAGAGAGAGCAUAUGGAAUCUUUAAGAUGCCUAAAUUCUUUUAUUUAUUUAUUUUUUAAAUUGUUGUCUGAAAUUUCUGAAGGAAAACUGAAGUAGAGCAUGCAGGCUAUCAGCCUGUAUGUCUCUUCUUUUUUUUUGUUGUUGUUUUGUUUGUAUCAGUGAUACAAAAUCACGUCUGAGUUUCGUGACUUUUGCAAUCAGAACCACACACCCGCACACAGACACACACACACACACACACUUCAUCAGAUCAGUGUUGAAUAUGUUGAUUUCUCAGUGUAUUGAAAUUCUGUUGCUGGUUGUUUGGCUUCCUGUGUUUGGGGGGUGGGGGGAAAGCAUGAUCCUGAGGGUGGCUGUCACUGUGGGGUACUUGGAUGCUUUUCAUCUCUUGCAUGUUGGUGGCCCCUCGCGCGAAAACAUUUGGUGGGAAAAGGGUUCUGCGGGAGGGAGGGGAGCUUCAAUUCGAUGUUUUAAGAAGUACAUAGUGAACGAUGUAUGUAUUGCAACACUGGGACGUGUAUUAACCUUGCGUAUUGCAUACCGGAGCGCUCGCCCUGAUCUUCCUCAUGCCCCGUAAACUGGAUGUCUUUUAAAAAUACUGUGAAGAAUGUUUAAUGUGUCUGCUUGUUCUGUGCUGUUAUAUAUAUAUAUAUAUAUAUGUUUUUUUAAAGUGUGAAACUGUUAUAAGGUUACAGCCUGAAUGUAUUCCAUGAUGAGUUAGAGAGAUAGUUUUGUUUUUAUUAAUUUGUUCUUUUUUUUUUUUAAACACCCAGCCAGGCGUUUUUUCCUCUGCUGGCCAGAGUAAUAACUGCAGUAUUUAAUUCUUUGUAAUGCACAUAUAAAACAAAAAAAAUUUACAUAAAAAGUACUUGAAAUAAUGUAGCCAAACCCCUACUGAGGAUUAAUUAUUGCUGCUGAAAAGUUUUCACCUAAUGCAAUAAGCAUCUUGAUGCAAUUUGACUGCUAAGCUAGCUUUAUACUUAUAGGGAUAAAACCAGUUCCUUUCAAAAGUUUUCAUACCCCUUUAAAAUCUUUUUACAUUUUUAAACACUACAGCCACAAAUUGUGACUCAACUAACAGUAGUAACUAAUAAUAAAGUGCAAGAAAAAAGAUGCAAAGUUUAUGAAACGCGUAAAAAAUAAAAUAAAAUUCUAAAGUGUGGCAUGCAUUUGGAUUCAAACUGGCUCCAACUCCCUGAGGCAGAAUGGAGAACUCCAUCUUUGAACAGGUGUGUUUUGCAAAAAGUCCCAGUUGGAUUUGGCUCUGGACGUUGAACGGUCCAUUCUGACACAAGAUCAUGCUUUCGGACUAAUCCAUUCGAUUGCGGCCCAGGCUGUAUGUUUAGGUUGUCCUCAAAAGGUUCAGUUCCCAGAUAUCUCCAGUUUAGUUUUGCCUAAUCAUUAUUUGCUUUGAACAUAUCUGCAAUUUAUUUUGCACUUGUCAAAUCAAACAAAAAAACCAAAAACUUUUAACAUAUCUCGAAUUAAGGUGUCAUCCAAGACAAAUUUAAUUAGAAUUGCGACUAGUCAGAACUACUUUAUGACUAGUUAUGAUUUAAUUGUUCAUAUCUGAAAUAUGUUUCAGAUAGUCAGUAAUUGAUUGCAGAUACCUGGAAUUAAAGCUUCCAUGCACAUUAUUGGGGAACCCGACAUCAUUUAUAAUAGUUAUAAUGCAAUUACUUACAUCUUAAAUGGAUAUUUUGUCUAGUCAAAAUAUAACCAGAUAUCUCAAUUUACUAAUGCAUAUGCUCAUAAAGCAACAUCAGAUAUCUGGAAUGCCAUUGUGGUGAAACUGAUUUUGUAUGAAAUCGGCCAGCCAUGCUGCUUUAUGUUUACCCCGUAACGUCUCACUAAAAUCUAUUGAAAUUUACGGUCAUAGCCUGACACGAUGUCAAAAAGCUGAGCACUUUUGAAGGGGACUGCGACUGGAUCCUUGUAGGUAUCAUUUCAGCGUUAAAAAUUACAGGACGUAAUAAAUGCAUCAUGGAAUACAGAGGCAAAUAUUUACGUGUGCGUGUGUAUGUUCCCCCAUCAUUCUUUUUGUUCAAAAUGUGUUUGUUUUUUUUUCUUCUUGUCUGGCACAUUCCAGCUGUUUGGCACACAGAGAGGUGGUGUGAUCACAGCUAAAUGGGGUGUGUUCAGUCCUCGUAUUCUUCCACUGAAAGAUUGUACGUCUAAGAAAACCAAAACAAAAACCCACACACACACACACACACACACACACCAACAAACGCCCGUUGUUACUGUGCUGUCCUUCUGACUUGACCGCUGCUAAACAUUGUAGUUGUGUAUCACCACUUGAAUAUGUCUUUUCUAAGUGUAAACCUCAGGUUGCUUUUGUUCCAGUGUUUUUUGUUUAUUUUCGUUUGUUUGUUUAUAAUUUCCUUAACGUGUACCGCCUUUUAUGCAGCCCCCUCCACCCCCCGUAAACGUCCUGAAGAAUAGUUAAAAAGCUUGCUUUUCAUGCAAGAAGCGGAUAAACGUGGAUGUUGGAUGUUAGCUGAUGUGUUACUUGCAGCACUGUGAGCUGUCAAAGCUAGGGGUUUUAAAAAAAACAACAACAUUUCAGCAACUAUAACUUGCACAUAUUUCAUCUACUUUUUUUUUGCCUAAAGUGAUUGUGAUUGAACUCAAGCGUACAGUGUAAUCUCUACACGAUGCCAUAGGAGCAAACAUUUGGGGAUUUUGUUUAUUUCCAAUAGAUAUUUAGCAUAACUGUAUUAAAACAAAACCAGGGAGUUGAAAACCAUAAAGAGAGAAAAAAAAAAGUUUGCAAGUACAAGUUUGACUUUCUACAAAGCUUUAUUAAACAACCGCAUUUUAUAAAGUACCAACCGGUAGUUAGCGACGACCGUGCAAAGAGCUCCUGUAUUCUGUAACUCGAUUAGCCUUUAAACUUCAAUAGUUAAUCUGCCUUCACAUUUUUUGCUAUGAAAAGCAAAAACAUCAUUUUGAUAGACUUGGUUUAAAUUUUUUUUUUAAAUAUAAGCUGCUGAAUUAAGAAAAAAAAAAAAAGUAAUACUUUUGGGGCCACCAAAUAUUUUGGAUCAUGCAAAGACUCUAUAUUGUACUGUAGUAAUUUUGUAAUAUUUGUAAAAUGGUGUAGUGGGUGUGAAUGAUUACCAUUGCUUGAAUCUGUACAUUGUUCCAAUAAAUUGUUUACAUUAUGA